CUCCCAAUGACUCCCGGUUUACAGCGGAUAUAUUCACGUAUUCGGCUAUAAACGUACAUAAUUGUUACCGCGUUGUUAUUGUUUUUAAUUAUUAUCAUUUCUCAACUUAAGGAAUAAAUUAUUUUUUUUUAAAUUAAAAUUUAAAAAAAAUUUACAACAAGAAUUUGACUCAAUUUCUUCACGCGCGUGACGUCACCCCUACUGUUGCGUUUUGGCGUUUAUCCCCUAAAACCACCGGAUGAGCGAGACUGGUGGUGAGUUAACAAUUCCUGGAACUACCCCGUGAGUGCUACAAUUCGCGUGCUAUGUCAGGAGCCAGGACUUGGACGGCUACGGGACCUGUAUUCGUUGAGCGAUUUAGCCUUGGUAUUGAUAAUGAUCCACGUUCGCGAUUAAGGACUAUGUCUUCGAAGCGGAAGAACACGCCGACCAAGCUUCCUAAAGAAGAACUGGUAAAAUCACAAUCGACUCUGGAAGCCAACGGAGCGACAACCUCGGAUCAUUCUGACCCCGAAGACGAACCCGAGCUGAUCUCGAACAAAGACCCCAUUGAGGAAGAAUUCGAGGAUAAAGCCGACGAGGACACGGAAAUCGACGAGAGCGGGGCGGAGAAAGACGGAGAUUUGGAGAGUACAGACGCCCGGAAAAAUAAUCUCGGGGAAGUGGAUUCCGAAAACGAGUCCCGCGUCGACGAAUUUCCCAUCGUUAGCGUAGGUCGAGCAUCGCCCACCAAGCUUACGCCUUCGGGAAUUUCCUCAGCGGCCGGAUCGACGGGUCUGUUCAACUCGCACAAACGCUCAAUGGAAACCGUCCUGAGGCGGUUGAAUUCCAAAGCUUCGGACACGUCCUCGGAGGUGGCCUUGACCUCUGGCGUUGACCUUGGUGAUCAGCCCAGAGUCAUGGAAACGGUACAAGCUGUUUUGGCAGGGGAGGCUACCCUCAGCGAAAAGGAGCGACAGAUUAGUGAAAUGAUCAGCCAUUUGCAGAACAUUCGCGAAAACCUCAACAAGCAAAAGGACCAGGAACCUCAAGGUGCCUCCCAGCCAUGCAAGACACCUGUCGCAGGGAAAAGAGUGGGUGUAGAUGAAUCAAAAGGAAAUAAAUCACUGUCGAAGAGUUCACCAGACAGCCCGGCUCACAACUCCAGAAAUCUAGUUCUAGGAUCUAGCGCCAAUAGCCAUCACCAGAGUGAUUCCCCUCAAUUAGGCAUUUCACCCUUUCCUUAUGCUGCUUAUGGUACCUCAGUGCCAAUAGAAAUGAGACAGACCAGCCCAAAUAUAGCCAGUGGUUCCAGCCCCCCAGCCAAGUGGAAUGGAAGGGAGUUGGAGAGCGCUAUAUUUAGACCACACCCAACUAAAUAUUCCCCACCUCCCACGCCUACUGAUCAGGACGGGCCUUUGAAUUUAUCCAAGCCUAAAUCAGAGUCCAAAUCACGCCAUCCAUCUGGAUAUAACAAUGGACGUAAUCCAGCAGAUGACAACCACCGUGGUGUUAAAAGGGAAGCCUCCACACCCCCACCUGCCCACGCCAACCACAGCAAGAGGCCAACCCCUCCUUCAUCCAACCCCAUCUCAUCCCAAGGUGGGAAAUCCAACCACAUUUCCCCCCACCAGCGCUCCCCUCACCACAGUACCCCAUCCCCCUCCACAUCAACCCCCGGACCAACCCCUGUGUCUGAGGUCCCACUUCUGGCAGCCAUGAGGCACAACCCUUUUGGGUUGCCUUCGCAGUAUGUCACCAACCCUUUCCUGACUCUGCCCCCAAAUCUGCCUCUAGGAGGUUUAGCAGCUUUGUCCGGGCACGGAAUGAAUGGUGCCCCAUCCCCUUCCGACACUGAAAAGUUCUUGUACCAACAAGCACAGGAAGGCUACGUACAGGAGUUGAUAUCUAGACAGAUGGUAGCCUGCAUGAGUGGCACAGGGGGCCCCGUCUUCCCAGGGCUACCCUCCCACUUUCCAAUGUACGCCUCCACCCCAGCCCCACCCUUGCCAACCAUGGCACAGCUGCCUGGCAACAAAGAAUCUUCUGGGCCCAUGCCGGCCACCUCGGAGGAGAAUCAGAGUAGCUAUGUUCAACAUUUACAGAGUAAAAUGUUUGGCGCCAAGAUCAUCCGAGCACAGCGGGAGAAAUCUGACCCUGGGCGUCCACAUAUUAAACGUCCAAUGAAUGCAUUUAUGGUUUGGGCUAGGGAAGAGAGGAGAAAGAUUCUCAAAGCUUGCCCAGAUAUGCACAACUCAAACAUCAGUAAAAUAUUAGGUGCUAAAUGGAAAAGCAUGUCAAAUGCAGACAAACAGCCAUAUUAUGAAGAACAGUCCAGACUUAGCAAGCUUCACAUGGAAAAACACCCAGAUUAUCGCUACAGGCCACGCCCCAGGAAAAACGGGAAGGUGAAAAAGAUGUUUUCUGACACGAAGGGGCCCCCAUCCCGCCCUGGCAGUGAUGUCGGUCCCUCAAUGGGCCCCGCCCUCUCACUGCCUGUGGAACAUCAUCACCAAAAUCCUUCUCUAAUGAUCGGGGCACUCUACCCAAACUUUCACGUUCCCAGCUCUUUGCCCGAUGAAAGACCAAGACCUAAACGCACAUGUAUAGUAGAUGGGAAGAAGUUAAGGAUCUCAGAAUACAAAGCCCUGAUGAAGAACAGGCGCCAGGAUAUCAGAAGGAUAUGGUACGGAGAUGGCAGCAGUAACUUCCCUGAAGAUGGUGAUGAGGAAGAUAACUCAACCCCUUCAAACUAUGAUUCUCACUUCCUGCAUGGUGACUCAGGUUCCCCCUCCCACAGCCCUCGGGGAGUAGCCGGCACCUCGUCUCCCACCCACGGUGGCGCUAGCCCCGGUCAGAGGAGAUCCAUGUCGCCCAGCAACCUCAACGGCUUAGACGAGCACAGCUCAGACGAAAGCAGCGACGAGACGACAAACAUCAACAACAACAACAACACUAGCAACAGCAAGACCCACGGUCCAAAUUUUCUGUACGAGGACACAAAAUUAUCCGCAGCACACUAUCCCUUUCACCUCCCCUUGCAACAUCCGCAGCAGACCGCCCAUGGCUUGAGGCUAGAUCUUCCAUUCGUCUCCUCCCCCUCCUCCAUUGUGAAAUCUGAAUCUGGAGUCGUCUUCCCUAAGCUCGGGGCCCCCCCAUACAGCCUUGCCAUUUACCAGGAUGCAAUGGCUCACCAUCGGGCCGAGUCCAUUUUGAAUGCCAGUGGCCGCGGACAUGGGGAGACUGACAGCAAAAGAAACAUUGACCAGCUCGGGAUCAAAAUGGAACCUGUUUUCCCACACGUGUCCCAGAUAUCUGAAGUACAAGGCGCAUCAUUGUAGUUUUAGUUGUUUUCUUUCUAAGUAAAAUAUAAUCAUGAUAAUUGCUCUUUAAUGUUGAAAUAAUGUAUGAAUAAAUAUGGAGAAAAAAAAUGUGCAUAUUGUUUAAAUUGUAAGCAGAUGAACAAAAAAAAUAUUGCAUUUUGUUCUAUUUUUAAGAGGGAUAAUUGUCUUAUUUGUA